UAUAUGCGAAUUUGUUCAAUAUAAGAUACAUAUUUGAAACUGCGUUUGCAAUCAGUUGAUCGAGAGAUAGAGCGAGAGAUUGCAUGUUGAGACCUUAUCAAGUAAUUCAACGAGUACUUAAAUUAGAAAAUUGCCGACGAGUUGUAUUUUUAGCAGGCUUGAAACUUAUAUAAAAACAAAAAGAGCAAGUAAAUACAAAUUCAAAAUGGAGGGAGAAUCAUCGGAGUCAGCACACAAUGCAAAGGUAGCCGACUCGGCCUAUUCGAACAGCUGCAGCAACAGUCAAUCACAGCGCAGUGGCAGUUCCAAGUCCCGGCUGAGCGGCAGUCAUUCGUCCGGCAGCAGUGGGUAUGGGGGCAAGCCCUCCACACAGGCCAGCAGCAGCGAUCUGAUCUCCAAGCGCAACAAGGACAAGUGCCGCAAGAAGAAGAAGGCCAAAUGUCCGGGGCAAAUGACGGCAACAGCAAACGCAUCGCACAUCGAUAAUGCCGAGGAGCAAAAGCUGGCGAGCAGCGCCAGCUGCGAACAGCUCCAGAAUCUGCAGGACACACAAUCGCAGAGCGAUCAACCGGCCAGCGAUCAACAGCAGAUGAGCGAACAGCUCGACUCAGAGCUGAGCGAGUCGACCAACAAUCAAUUGGAGCAGGUGCAACAAUUGCUCUCAACGAAAUCGCUUAAUGGCAUAGCAUUGCAGUCGACUGGAUUAUCUGCCUGUCCAAACGUUGGCGGCAGCAUCAAGGCCGACAAGUCUUGGGAAGCGACACUGGGCAAACUAGAAACGGUUGCUGCUGGCGCCAACAGACAACAUCAACAUCCAAAUCAGCAUCCACAUUCGAAUCACCAUCCGCAUCAUGAGCGGUCCAAGGAGGAUAGCUUCUGUUGUGUGAUCUCCAUGCACGAUGGCAUGGUGCUGUAUACGACGCCCAGCAUUACCGAUGUCCUUGGCUAUCCCCGUGAUAUGUGGCUGGGUCGAUCCUUCAUCGAUUUUGUGCAUGUCAAGGAUCGCUCGACAUUCGCCAGUCAAAUCACAACGGGCAUCCCAAUUGCCGAGACACGCGGCAGCCUCCCCAAGGAUGCCCGAAGCACAUGUGUGAUGCUCCGACGCUAUCGGGGAUUAGCCGCCGGCGGUUUUGGUGUCAUAGGACGUUCCGUUAACUAUGAACCCUUCCGCUUGGGAUUGACGUUCCGGGAGGCGCCCGAGGAGGCGCGACCGGACAACUAUGUGGUCUCCAAUGGCACCAAUAUGCUAUUGGUCAUCACCGCCACACCCAUCAGGAGCAGCUACAAGGUUUGCGAUGAGAUUCUGUCGUCGAAGAGUCCCAAGUUUGCCAUACGCCACACGGCUGCUGCAAUCAUAUCGCAUGUGGAUAGCGCAUCGGUUAGUGCGCUUGGCUAUUUGCCGCAGGAUCUGAUUGGAAGGUCCAUUAUGGAUUUCUAUCAUCACGAGGAUCUACCGAUCAUUAAGGAGACGUACGAAAUAGUCAUGAAGAAGGGACAAACGGCUGGCGUCUCCUUUUGCAGUAAGCCCUAUCGCUUCCUCAUUCAGAAUGGAUGCUACAUCCUCCUCGAGACGGAGUGGACCAGUUUCGUGAAUCCUUGGUCGCGCAGACUUGAGUUUGUUGUCGGACAUCAUCGCGUUUUUCAGGGUCCCAAAGAAGUCAAUGUUUUUGAGGCGGCGCCGACUGUGAAAUUAAAAAUACCGGACGAGAUGCAGACUCGUAAUAAUCGUAUCAAGGAUGAUAUUGUGAAGCUACUCGCGGAGACAGUCUCCCGACCAUCGGACACCGUUAAGCAGGAGGUAUCGCGACGAUGCCAAGCACUCGCCAGCUUCAUGGAAACACUGAUGGAUGAGGUGACGCGGGCGGAUCUGAAGCUGGAGCUGCCGCAUGAGAACGAGCUGACGGUGUCGGAGCGAGAUAGCGUUAUGCUUGGGGAAAUUUCGCCGCAUCACGACUACUAUGACAGUAAGAGCUCCACUGAGACGCCGCCGAGCUACAAUCAGCUCAACUAUAAAGAGAAUCUGCAGCGUUUUUUCAACAGCAAACCAGUCACGGCGCCGACCGAGCUCGAUCCGCUCAAGGCCGACUCCUCCUAUGCGAGCAGAUCCCGUGAGGAUGCGCGGAGUGCGAUUAGUCCGGACCAUGGUGGCGAAUGUAGCGGCGGCAGUGGUUCCUCUGGCAAUUGCACAACCAACAGCAAUAUUCUCAUGAGCAGCUUCACAAAUACCAGCAAUACCGGCACAGGCACCUCUGGCUGUGGUAAUUCCGGUGGUAAACUUAGCGGAUCUGGUGCGGUUGCGGUUGGGGGUGCUGGUGCUGGUGCUGGUCCUAGUCCUAGUCUUGGUGCUGAUAACAGUAUACCGCCGAUUAGUGUCACUCUUACCGAAUCGCUGCUCAGCAAGCACAACGAUGAGAUGGAGAAACGCAUGCUGAAGAAACAUCGUGAGUCUCGCGGACGCAAUGGUGAGAAGAACAAGAAGACGGCGAACGAGAAGAUGUUGGAGUAUAGUGGUCCCGGCCAUGGCAUACAUGGCAUCAAGCGGGGUGGCUCCCAUUCCUGGGAGAGUGACGCGAACAAGCCGAAGCAGCAGCUUCCACUUAACAUACCAUUGGUUGGCACCGGCGAUGUCAUGUGCUCGACAGCAAAUCCCUCAUCGCAUGCCAGCAAUCAUAUCCAGGCCGUACCAGCUGGUCUCAGCUGCACCCAGAAUCUCUGGCCGCCAUUCUCCAUUGGCAUACCGACGCCGUCGGUGCAUACAACAGCCGUGGCCCAGAGCAACUUCUCGCCGAGCCUCUUUCCCGCCUUCUACUAUAUACCCGCUCAAUUGCCAAGCACAUCGACAACGGUGUCCACAUCCUCGCCCCAUUUGCCGCACUGCUCGCAGAGGAGCUGCGAGGAGCCGACAACCUCGCAGAAAGCAGCAGCUGCGGCGGCGGCAGCAGCAACGGCAGCAAUUCCCCUCCAAUAUAUGGCUGGUGUCAUGUAUCCGCAUCCAUCGCUCUUCUACACACAUCCGGCGGCUGCGGCCGCCACAGCGAUGAUGUACCAGCCCCUGCCCUUCUCCAGCGUCGCCAGCAACCUCCUCCAAUUGCCAAGCAGAUUCAACAACUCGCAUGCCAGUUACAACAAGACUGUCUACACGGCGCAAAAGGUGAGGGUAGCACCACUGUCGACGACAACGGUGAAAGGGCAGGGAGCCUUCUUUUCGAUAACACCCAACCAGCUGCAGAUAUCCUCGUCGGUGAAGGCCGAGCCCGGCUCGAAUGUGGCACUUUCCGAUUCAUCCAAAAAGGAGGCGUCGAAUCAACCGAUUGAAUCGGUUAACGUCGAAGCAGACGGAUAUACGUCCGAUCCAACAAGCAAUCCAUCUAAUCACAACACAAAACAAAUUUGUACACGGAUAGCAAUGGCAACAGCGAUGAUAUGGAUGGCUCCAGUUUCUCCUCCUUCUACUCGUCAUUUAUCAAAACAACCGACGGCUCAGAUAGUCCACUGGAUACUGAAAAGGAAACCAAACAUCGCAAGCCAAUGCAACUUUUGCAAAUGGAGAGCAAAAUUGUGGAGCAUCCGGAGGAGGAUCAAACGCAGCACGGCGAUGGAUAGCAAGUGGCAUCCCUGCUCCUCUGGUGGCAAUGGUUUAAAUGUUUGCAACGUGCAGUUGGUCAGUCAAUUGUCACAAUUUACACAUCUAAAAUUUGAAAUUGCAUUACUUAGAGUUUUACACAUAAUGUGUAGAACAUAUUUUAAAUAACCAGCUCUGGCAAUGUAAAGGCGAUGCAACGUUUCAAAAACAUAAAACAUUCAUUGAUUUAAUUUAAAAACUUUAUUAAAAUAAACGCUGCAAUUGCGAGAAACAAAC